CCAUGAACUUUCCACUAGGCUAUGCUGUUUCUCAGGUCUUUCCCUAUUAAGGGUAUCCUAGUAAGUACAGAGCCUUCUUUCUGCAGUAAGCACCAACAGUCUAUAAAAGGUGGAUAAUAGGAUAGUGGUCAUACAGCCUUUUAUUAUAUUUCUUGCUUGCCUGCUGCUUGCUUUUCUUCAGCUCAUCCCAAUUCCUUUCAACCUUUUGCUAAAUUUCCUGGUGGAUCUGCAUAUAUGCAUGUGUUUGAGACAUGGGAUUCACAAAUACUUUUGAUGCUUAAUUAGCAGAUGUUUAAUUUAUAUAAUAGAGCACUAUAGCCAUGAUCCUUAUUUAGGAUGAUCUGGGACUUGGGCCAGCAAAACUCUUUAUGAUGGAGAAAAAUAUGAUAUUCAGGCCUAUGGAAUCUGGUGAGCCAAAGAAGCUAAAAUUAUUUUUGAUGUGCAUGGGUGCACGCAUAUACACACACACACGCACACACACACCAGAGCGAAUCUUCACUCAAGUUAAACAAUCUCUUGCCACUGGGCCUGGCUAAUGUGAAGAAGCAUCAGUUUUUUACCUCAGCGGACCACGACCAAGCUGACUUUCCUCUUCCAGGGCACUCUCCCCUCCGUCACAAUCCCGGCUUAGGUGCCAACAUUGUCUUAUACUGCCAUCAUUGCCAGUGUCAUUGGAGAAGCCGGGUGCCCACCAAGCCUCUCACUCCAGCUUUCCCUUGGUGAAACCAAACUCUCAACACAGUGCCCAGGGCCUGGUUGAGGUCUGAGACCGAGGCCCAGCGUUAGGACUUGUAAUCACUUGGUGGAUGGCAUCGGGUUGAGUGCGGGACCCGGAUCAGCAGGUAGAGGCCAGACCCAUAAUGAUGUCUAGGCACAAUUGCUCGCAACCAGCAUGAGUGUACCACCACAAGAGAGGCGAGGACAAUUAUGCUGAGAAGAUUGAGAAAGUUCAAGAUUUGGGAAAAUGAUACUUCCGGUGGAUCUCUUUCCCACUCAGCCCAAACCCAGUUCGGGGUUGGCCCGGUCGGUGCCUUGGAGCUGGGGUUCUAUUUCAGGUCCCAGGCUCACUGGCUGACUUCUCACAUCUUUCUUUCCCUUUAGGUGAAGAAUGUCAUCUAGCUUCAUAUCUGCCUUCCUUGUGGUUGUCUGGCGGGGUUAACCUCAUUGUUGUCUUAUAUGGUCAUUCAAAUCCCCUGAUGCUUCCUCUGAGGGCCAAAAAUAAUCUGGAGCUGAGAACAGCUGAGUCCAGCACCGAGCGAGCUGUGGCCAUCUGCUUUUGUUCAAAGCCCCAGUGUCGAACUCUGUCUCUCUCUCUCUCUCUCUCUGUCUCUCUCUCUCUCUCUUUCUGGGUCUCUCAUUCUCUCUGCCCCUGCCUUCAAGGGGCCCCGAACAUGACCCGCUUCUCUUACUCUGAGUAUUUCUCCUUGUUCCACGCAUGCCAUCGCCCCUCCAGGUCAGCAGCACCUCCCGGGAACCAAUCUCAGCCUUCCACCGCAGGGUUGUUCCAAGGGGUCAGGCAGAGAUACAACGGCAGCUUGUUCAACAACACCCAACCUGUAGUAAUCGAUCCCGUGGUGGCAGCCAUCAAGGAAGGGGAUGAAAAUGCACUCACCAGCAUGAUCCAGUCAGGGAAAAACCUUUCGGAACCUAACAAAGACGGCUGGCUCCCGCUGCAUGAGGCUGCGUACUAUGGUCAGCUGGGCUGCCUGAAAAUCUUGCAUAGAGCAUACCCCACGGUUAUUGACCAGCGUACCCUUCAGGAGGAAACAGCACUGUACCUGGCGACCUGCAGAGGAAAUCUAGACUGCGCGCUGACCCUGCUGCAAUGUGGAGCCGAACCUGACAUUUCCAACAAGUCCCGGGAGACUCCACUUUACAAAGCCUGUGAGCGCAAGAACGUGGAAGCCGUGAGGAUGCUGGUGCAGUACAACGCAGACACGAACCAUCGCUGCAAUCGGGGAUGGACGGCCCUCCACGAGGCGGUGGCCCGCAACGACCUGGAAGUCAUGGACAUCCUGAUGAGCGGGGGCGCCAAGGUGGAAUCCAAGAACGCAUAUGGCAUCACCCCUUUAUUUGUGGCUUCCCAGAGCGGCCAGUUAGAGGCACUGCGCUUCCUGGCGAAACACGGUGCGGACUUUAACACCCAGGCCAGCGAUGGAGCCUCCGCUCUUUUUGAAGCCUGUAAAAAUGAGCAUGUGCUGAUUGUCGAGUUCCUCUUGGCCCAGGGUGCAGACGCCAACAAAGCCAAUAAAGAUGGCCUGCUGCCUCUCCACAUAGCCUCCAGAAGAGGCAAUCAGAGGAUCGUUCAGAUGCUACUUCCAGUGACUAGCCGGACCCGGGUGAAACGCAGCGGCGUCAGCCCCCUGCACCUGGCGGCUGAGAGGAACAACGAUGCCGUGCUGGACGAGCUCCUGGAGGCGGGCUAUGAAGUCAACGCCGUCCUGUCCCCGGAGAGAUCCCGGCUCUAUGAGGACAGGCGGACCACCGCCCUCUACUUCGCCGUCAUCAACAACAACGUCUAUGCCACCGAGAGGCUCCUGCGAGCCGGAGCCAACCCCAACAUGGACUUGAUCAACCCGCUGCUCAUCUCCAUCCGCCACGGAUGCCUCAAGACCAUAAGGCUGCUCCUGGACCACGGGGCCAACAUCGAUGCCUACGUCUCCUCCCACCCCACCACCUUCCCGGCGGCCAUCAUGUUCUCCAUGAAGUGCCUCUCCCUGUUGAAGUUCCUCAUGGAUCUCGGCUGUGACGGCCAUGCCUGCUUCAAGUGUCAAUACGGAAACGGUCCUCAUCCCAUCCCGAAAGCCACGGCCAACAGGUUUAAUGACAUGCCCCUGGACAAGUCGCCCACUGUUGUCCAAUUCUGUGAAAUUAUAUCUGCCCCCGAGGUUAGUCGGUGGGCUGGGCCAAUUAUCGACGUUCUCCUGGAUUAUGUGGGGAAUGUGCAGCUCUGCGCCAGGUUAAAGGAGCACAUAGAGAGCUAUGAAGACUGGGCUGUCAUCAGAGAAAAAGCAGAGCCUCCGAGGCCGCUCGCUCACCUGUGCCGUCUGAGGGUUCGGAAAGCAAUCGGGAAGAACCGCAUCAAACUUAUAGAUACCUUACCCCUUCCGGGCAGAUUGAUUAGAUAUCUCCAACAUGACAAUUCCCAGUAACUGCAAGCAACCCUAAGGAAUGAGCGGCUUCCUUAUCUCAUUUUACAAAGCUCAUCUAUUCAACAUGAGGACAGUGGUAUCCCCGGCAUGAGGGUGACUGACUAUUCUCAAGGAAAAGGCUCCUGACUGCAUCUUCAAUGAUGCAACAGAGCUAAAUAUCAUUGUUGUGAGCAACUGAAUAUGGACUGAGGGAGAAAAGCUGUGAGCAGCAGAGAGAGAACAAAGAGAGGGAGGAAGAGUGUGAAAGAGAGAGAGGGAGAGGGACAGAGAGAGAGAAGGGACUGUUAAGAAGGCUGCUAGAUUUUGAUUUCCAAACAGAAGGCAAAUAUUCUGAAUUCUAGUUGUGCAGAUUUCAGGCCUGUCCAUGCAAGUGAAAUCUAGCAAGCAUGUGAACCAGUUAAGUCCCGAGAAUAGAAAAGGAUACCUUAAGGGGUUCAGGAAUAAAUAACUCUAGAUCUUUAAGCAUAAACAAAAAGUAGAGCACAUCCAAAUACCUGCCAGGGACUGAAUUUUAGAAUAGUUGACCCUUCCUGGCUCAGAUAACCCAAAUUCUAGUGCAUGUUUCUUUUGUUUUCUUUCCUCUAUGCUAGACCUUUCACUUACUUCUCAACUUUCUUCCAUGGCUUGUUUCUUUUUUUUUUUUGGCAUUUUGCUAAAUUAGUACAGUAAACACUUUAUGGGUGAUACAUAAGAAUUACCUGGAGACCUUUUUGGAGAAGCGCCCUUCAAACUCUUGUAAUGUUACAGUUUCUCUAAGCAUCUUUCACAACACCUCACUUCUGCUGGAGAGCAACCUUACUGGAGGAUGAAUGAUGCUCUCGAAUAAAACACAGAAGUGCUGGAUGCUGGGCGUCUGUUUGGAGUGACCCAGGAAUCCCUUAGUAAAACACAAAAGCCUCAGGAUUGAACGACCGGAGGAAAAUAUUUUCCUCUAUUCUCCAGAAUGAUCUUGUGUGUUUUUCCCAAGUUUCAGGCGUAUGGAAAUUGGUCGCAAAGUUCCAUCACAACACUGUCACCUUGGCUAGGCUUUCACAGCUGAACCGUAUGUUUACAUAGACACAGUUCUCAUGCCCAGGCACCUGUUCUUCUACUAAUGUCUAAUCACUGAAAAUUGUAUAUUUGACCCCAAAUUUGCGCAGUAGUUUGAGACCUGAGCAAUGAUGGAACUUUUCCUGCAUCUCUGUGGGUUUGGAGAUGACUGUGCUAAACCUGGGCACGCCUCGCUGCCCGAUUCCCUUCUCAAUGAAGUUAGAGGGGUGAACCCGUCUUCUCAGGGCUGAUCUUUGGAGUCUCCCAUACUAAUGGUUACCCCUGACCAUCAUCGCCCCUCCCUUCCACACCAAGAUGACGCAGCUCUGCACUAAGAGGGGAGCUGCUGCUCCCCUGAGCCCUGGACGUGUCUCCGUCCCCACCCUUUGGUCGAAAAUAUUGGAAGGGAGAGUUGGUCCUUAUUAUCUCAGUUAUUUCCAUGCUAAUGUGCUAAAAGGAAGUAGAAGUCCAGUGCACAGUGGACUACCUCAUUCUGAAAUCCAAAACAGCAUCCUUUCUAGGGAUGAAAGACACAAACUUCUAUCAGUCCCUGUCGCUUGAGAUAAAGACCUCUGUGGAACCGGAAGUCAAAAUCAAUCUGUAUGGUAACAGCUUGGUGGCAGGGAGAUAUGGACAGACCCACCCAUGGUUACACCUCUGAGAUACCCGAGCAUACAGUGCUUUGUGAGGAAACAGUCUAUCAGAUAUAUACGAUGAAUCGUUCCAUGGAAAGAGCACUGAGUGGAAAAAUCUCUCUCUCUGAUGGACCGUCCAAGUCGAUUUCAAGGGCCAGGUGGUAUCUUAUCAACUACAAAGAGAACUGGGGCCAUUUGGGGUCUCCUCUAAGCACCCCGAUAGGUCGGGGCUGAACCAUGCGAGCUAUUCAAAACUGUGGGAUUGGACAUGAUAAAAACUAAUUUCAGAAGGGGAGGUGUCUGCGUGUUUUUAAAUUAGGCACUACAAAGGCUGAUUAUUGCUCGAGUCGCCAACUGUGAUCCCAAGAGUUUCACUUCUCAGUAGAAUACUGGCAUACAGUCAGGAGGGAAGAAUAGAACACAGAGGGGAGAGGGUCAGGUGAGCUUCUCAACAUCUGUUCCUGGACCUCCACCGCUGCCUGCAUCUCUCCCACAACCUCGUUUACACUGAUUUGCACUGAGAUCCAGGAAGCUGCCUAAACAAUUAUUUUGUUAUUAGAAAUGAGGCUUUCCUUUCCAAUACCGUUAGAGUAGCUUUAAGGCUAUUUGAAGAGAAAAAAAGGGAAAGAAAAAGGACAAAGCAGUAGAGCUAUUCCAAUGUAUAAUACAAAGCAUUUGAGUAAUCAUAGUCAUUUUAAAUACUGUUUGGAAUAGGUGUAGGACAGUUAGAUCUCAGUAGGAUUACUGUGCAUUUUUUAUAUUAACAUAUGCAACUCACCUUUAUUGGGGCAUUUGUGCACUUUUACCUUUGGGGUGUUUGGGGGUUUUUGUAUCAAAGCUUUUAAAAUCAUGUUUCAUAAGUUUCUUCUGCUUUAUUUAUAAAAGUUAUGUGGUGUCACACUGUUCAUUUGCAUUAAGUUUUAGUAAAUGGGUUUGCUCAGAA